GGGACUCUAGCUGUGGAGUCUGGCCUAGCACAGCUCCCACCCAGCUUUCCAGGGACAUCGGGGGACCGUUCAGGACACGGGGGAGGUCGGGGCGCACAACAGGGACAGUUCAGGACACGGGUAGUCUGUGCACACAGCAGGGACAGUUCAGGACAUGGGUGGUCGGUGCACACAGCAGGGACAGUUCAGGACACAGGUGGUCAGUGCGCACAACAGAGACAGUUCAGGACACAGGUGGUGGUCAGUGCACACAACAGGGACAGUUCAGGACACAGGGGCGGUGCGCAUGACAGGGACAGUUCAGGACACGGGUGGUCAGUGCGCACAACAGGGACAGUUCAGGACACGGGGGGGGGGCGGUGCGGCUAUGACAGCUUGCGGCUUCACAGCCGGUGCCCG